AUGCUGGCCAAGCAGACGCAAGACCCAGAGUUGCAAGCCCGCUUUAGCGGGGUGGCCCGGCAGUUGGCUGAUAACGAAGACAAGAUCGUUCAGGAGUUGAUCGACGCUCAGGGACAGCCAGUGGAUAUCGGUGGCUAUUACCACCCCAAUGAUGAGAUGGCCGCCAAAGCCAUGCGCCCCAGCGCCACUUUGAAUGCCAUUAGGAGGGUUGGGGGAUUUUCCCGCCCGACGCUUCGCCGAAUCAGACCAUAUAAACACAGGAGCACUCACCAGAUGCGAAGUAAAGUAACCGUCGUUGGCGCCGGCAACGUGGGCGCCACCACUGCACAGCGCAUCCACCAGCUAGGCUACGCCGAUGUUGUACUGGUGGACGUCGUAGAGGACCUGCCGCAAGGUAAGAGCCUGGACAUGCUGGAGUCUGGGCCGGUUCUCGGUACCGACGCCAUGAUCACCGGGUCUAACGGUUACGAAGCAACCGCUGAUUCCGAGGUGGUGGUCAUCACUGCCGGCAUCGCUCGGCGCCCCGGCAUGAGUCGCGAUGACCUGUUACUCACCAAUAUGCGCAUUACGUCGGCGGUUACUGAAGAGGUAGUGCGCUACUCUCCGGAUUGCAUCAUCCUGGCGGUUACCAACCCCCUGGACGCCAUGGUGCAAAACGUGUACGAAACUGCCGGCUUUCCUCGCAACCGGGUGUUUGGAAUGGCCGGCGUUCUGGACACCGCCCGUUACCGCACUUUCAUCGCCCAGGAACUGGACGUUUCCGUGGAAGACGUGCAGGCCAUGGUAUUGGGCGGCCAUGGCGACGACAUGGUGCCGCUCGUGCGCUAUACCACGGUUGGCUCCAUACCGGUUACCGAGCUACUGUCCAAAGACCGCAUCGAUUCCAUCGUCCAGCGCACCCGCGACGGCGGCGGCGAGAUAGUUGCCUUGCUCAAACAGGGCUCCGCGUUCUACGCUCCGUCGGCAGCGAUCACCCAGAUGGUAGAAGCCAUGCUGUUGGACAAAAAGCGCAUCCUGCCCGGGUGUGCCUAUCUGGAAGGCGAGUAUGGCAUCAACGGUCUGUGUGUCGGCGUGCCGGUGAAAAUAGGGGCCAAAGGCGUUGAACAGAUCGUGGAAAUCAGCCUCACCGAUGAAGAACAGGCUGCGUUGCAAAGCUCGGCGGCUUCAGUACAGGAACUGGUAGAUGUGAUGUCGAAUGCGAAGGCCGAAGCUGGCUAG